AUGGUCGAGGCGUGCUUCCUGUGCCUGGACUCCACGGAGUACAUGCGCAAUGGGGAUCAGUACCCUACUCGCAUGAUGGCGGAACAGGACGCUGCCUGCCUGCUGGCGAAUGCGAAACUGCAAGCGAACGCAGAAAACACGCUUGGCUUCCUUACUACCGGAGGUAACGCAUGUACAGUGUACGAAACUCUCACGAACAACGUGGACGCUAUCAUGACUUCCAUCGGUAGUAUUCCCGUCAAUGGUAAGAGCUGCAACUUCAGCUCUGGCCUGCAGAUCGCGUCGUUGGCACUCAGUCACCGCACCAACUCCCGUGCCGAGAAGCGCAUUGUUGCCUUCGUUGGCAGCCCAAUUAGAGAGACAGAGGCGGCGCUGGAUGCGCUGGCGAAAAAACUACGCAAGGAUGACGUCGCUGUGGAUGUGGUGGCCUUCGGCGUGGAGGCGAACGUGGAGUUGCUGCAGGCCUUUGUGAGGAAGGUCUGCAAGAAGGAGAACUCACGCUUCCUGGCGGUGGCCGCGCGCGAGAACCUGACUGACAAGCUGAUGAGCAACGCCAUUCUCCUCGGCGAGGACCUUCCCGAGAGAGCGGAGGGCGGUGACGCCGUUAUGAGCGGCUUUGGUGUGGACCCCAACAUGGAUCCGGAGCUAGCCAUGGCUCUCCGUCUCUCCAUGGAGGACGAGAUGCAGCGCCAGGCUGCGGCUGCUGCGGCUGCCUCAUCUGCGGCUCACGAAAGUGCACCGACCUCCGGUGACGUUGACAUUCCCGCUGCUCCGGCAGCCCCAGCACCCGUGCCGGCGGCGGACGAGGAUGAGCAGGACUACGAGGGCAUGUCGGAGGAGGAGAUGAUGCGGCGGGCCAUCGCCCUCUCGCUGCAGGAGGCCACGCAGGGUUCGUCGGACACAGCGUCGCCGCAGCCGCCCAGCACCUCCGAAGCGCACAAGGACGAGGAGGAGAAGGAGGAUGACUUUGCGAAAAGCGUCCAGGACGCUUUGGAGGAAGACGAAGAGAAGCACUCGUGA